AAACCGAGAGGGUAGCCAGGACCCGACGACCUCUGGUCUGUGGGUAUAAAUAAUCGAGCGAUAUCCCGGAGAAAGGGGGAAGGAAGAUGAGACAGCAGGCUAAGGAAACUCAGACCUGAUAAGUACCAACUAUGACAAUGUCCUUUGCAUCCGACGAGAACACCGCAGAAAGAGGAGUUGCGGAGAGGUCGGCUACUGGCCUCGACAGCCAAUCUUCACACGGCAAGUCUUGCUCAUGCUCUCCAAUGACGAUGACAGAUGCCUCUACAAUUGAGAGUGCUGAUGGGACACUUCCGAGCGAUGACAUCGACUUCGCAAUCACCCAGGGCACGAACAAGAUGAGAUUGGAGCAUCAUGUGCAUCUUUUCCGCGAUGGCUGGGCGAGGCUCGCCGCAGAACAAAACAACGACGAAAACGGCUCUUGCUUCCGGGGCUUCUCAUACCUCUCCAAGAGAUUGGCCCGGUAUAUCGAGGGACGCAUAACCAACCUCUCAGAGCAGCUCUCGGAGUUUGAUAUGGCUUCGGACACACACGCGAAGAGUUUGUCUGCGGGACAAAGACGAAGAGUGGGAGAAAAAUACAAACCGGACGAAUGUGACCUCAUCAUGGAUGAGAUAUAUCAGGAGUUUGAUCGAUAUGAUCGCGUCCUGCGUUAUGACCGGGAGAUCCAGGGGCUCCGCAGUCCUCCGACGUAUGAGGUUAUGGGCCUCUACGCGAGCUUGAAGAAAAGAGGCAUGUUGGACGACGAGGCGCUACUCUUCACCAACGUGCCGGACGAUUUUGUCACCACCCGACCGCCGGAGGAGCACUCGCUCUACCUCCGCAAGUUGUUCUAUGGCAAGUUUGGAUGGGUGCUUGAGAAGUUCCUACCCCUCGACGAGGCGACCGGCACGUGGAGGGCGCAGACGCGGGUCAACAACUGGGUAGUGGGCGUGGUCCUCACCUUCUUCUGCGUGUCCACGCUUCUGGGACCGAUCGCGGUCAUGUUCCUGGGUGAACUGACCAAGGUCAAGUCGUUUCUGGUCGUCCUGCUCGCCGUCUCUCUGUUUGGGGCGGCGACGGUGCUGACGAAGAACCCCGAGACGAAGUUCCGGGAGCCCAUGAUGGUCGUCUCGGCCUACGUCGCGGUCCUUGCGUCUGUGCUUGCUCAGAUGGCAUUUCCUGGUUGAUUGAGCCAGUCUCGUUUCCCCCGUUUCUUGGGUUUCUUUCGUUUCUCCUUUUCUUCGUUUCCCGCUUUGCUUCUUUGUUGUUUGUUUGUUUGAAGCCCCCCCAAAAGUACCAUCUCUUAAC